UUUAAAAAUAAUGUUUCCGACAUUCUACAGUCUAUUUUGGAAUAAUGAAAGUUUAUAAUGGUAUAUUUUCCUAUCGCAAAACUGACCUAUUUAAUUGUGAGACAGAUAAGUAAGCCCAUUACCAAGUUUAUCAAGAGAAAAGCAGCAUCUAAUGAAAUUUUUCGAACAUACGUCGUCUGUCCGCCAGCACAAAUCUUCCAUUGGAUUGGUGUUAGAUCUAAAAUGCUAAUUCUAGGUCUAGGCCAACCAAAAUUUGUGCCGCCAUUAAACAAUGCCAUGGCUAUUGAAACAGGAAGUAAUAUUCUCGGCGAACUAACCAUAUUAACAAUUGGAAUAAGUCUGAUUAUACUUGAAUUUACACGGCACGAAAUGAUAUGAAAAAACACGAUCAACAUAGAGCACAGAGAAAGAACAUGGAAAAUGAGAUAGAUAUUUUAAAAGACCGCAUAAAUCGACAGAUUAAUGAAAUGAAAAAUCUUAAAGUCAAGCUUACCGAAUUAGGUGUUAGUCUUGAAAUCGAAAACGUGCCUAAGAAGUGCUGAUAAAUACAUUUGAUUACCUGUAAUGAGUCAAAUACGUGUAUGCUUCUCUGUCAAUUACGAUUAGAAAAUUGUUUAUAAAUUUCUGUUAGAAAAAAA